UUCGCAUUCGAAUAAUCUAGGCAUGUUGAGUAAUAAGGAGCAAGUUGACAGACAUGUCUUUCAUCUCCUUGCUAAAUGCUGUAAUGUGAAUGAGAGGAAAUCGAAAGCUCUUGAGAUAGCCAAACUUUACUAUGGUGUCAGUGAAUUCGCGACUGCUAAGAGUUAUGUUGAAGGGUAUUUAGAGUUGAGGCCAGAUUCUAUACCUGCCUAUUCUCUUUUGGCGAAAAUACAAGAAGAUUUAGAUGAUUUACCGGGGGCUCUGGCAACCUACAGAUCUCUUCGGAAGUUGACCGAUCUCGACAAAAACACUGCAUUGCGUGCUUGUUUCUUGGCCCAUGAGUCGCAAGAUUUGUCGGAAGUUCAGUUCUGGUCUGAUAUAGCACAAGACAUGUUUCCUUCUGAAAAAAUAGCGUUUCUGUUAAAAGAAAAGGUCUUGUCAUGUGGCGAAAGGGUCCCGGAGUUGUUAAAACUUCUGCAAUCUCACUUGGAGAAAGAUGAGAGUGAUUCCGAAGUUUGUAUUCGUCUAACAAACUUGCUUUACAAGUCGGGGUCUAUUAUGAAUGCAUUUUCACGCUGCUUGCAUUGCAUCAAUUGUGGGUGGCAUUUCGGUACUGCUAGCUGGUUCCACAACUGCCUGAAUCUUCUUGAACCUGCAAAACUUUCCGAUUCUAAAACUAAAUUACCUAUGGAGUCGUUGCAUUUGGUUCGUGUGGUUUGUUUGAUGGAGUUGCUACGUGUGACUUCGCAAACCUCCUGUUUGUCAGAUAUGUAUCGACUACUCAUCCAACUAGAAGCAGUUUCUAGUGAACUUAGUAGAUUGCAUUCUAAAAGUUUAAAGGCUCUUCAUGGAUUUUCUGUUAUUUGGCUGAAUUUCUAUGGUGGCGUCUACGCUCAACGACGUUGUAUAAAUGAAUUUACUCAGUCUUCAGAUUAUUCACACUUUCUCCUCACAUUCCACUUUUAUCAACGUGUAACCAAUCUUCAACGACCUGAUGUUACCACUGGAUCGUCUAAUCUUUCUGCUUCGCUUAGAAAUCAUCUACGUCGAGAAUGUUUCUCAAUUUGUACUCAGGCUAACUAUCUGGUUCACUUGUUUUCAGCCUUACUUGAAAAAACGAAAUUUACUAAGGAAAAGGCGACUAAUUUAAACUCGUUAACAUGGAAGGAGCUAAUUAGUUUGACUGAUCGCGUUUUAUUAUCGGGAGAUUGUAUAUUAGACACAUACAAUUUUGACACAAUUGACCAGACAGAAUCUAGUGUUUUUGGAGUACAAGAUUUCACUGAAGAUUAUCUAACAUCUCCGGAUUGUUUAAAUCUUAUCAUGUGGAUUUGUGCUCAACAGUUAUCCUCUGCUAAUGUCAAUGACAAGGAUUUUACUCUCAAUAUGCCUAGGCUAGAAUUUCUGCUUAAAUUGGUCAAAAAACUAUUUCCUAAGUUGGAAUUCUCUUGUUCGUCACCUGUUUUUGGUUCACCUACUGACCGUCAGUGUAAUACAAAUGCAGCUAUUGACCAACUUUGUCAUAUCGACAUAAUUUGUUUUCUGAUCACAUGUUUUCUUCAUAUUUCUAUACGAAGUCUUUCCAAAACAAAUUCAGAUUAUACAAAAUCUCUUAGUUCACAAUUAGAAUUUAAAUGGACCAUGGAAGGUAUCGGACUUGAUUUCCUGUUCCUUCCUUUGUGUUUAAUACCUACUGUACAACUUGCAACUUCUACACAACGUUCGUGGUGGUCAUUACUUGUCAAGAAUACAUUACAAUCUAGUUCGCAAAACAAGUUGGACGACGAAAAUCAUGCAUUUCUUCAGUGUGGUUUAAAUCAGCUACGACUUUUACUCCAUCCUACUCGUUGUCUAAAUCACGAAGGUGGUAUUAUGAGUCCACCUCUCCUGUUUCGAGUUGCUCAAAGUCUCACUAGUUUAAUGAAUUAUUGUUCGUGCAAUCGAUUGAAAACAUUCGAGCAAUGGCCUUUACAUUAUUGGUUAUUUGCUUUGAAAAAUCAUAUGUUAGGUUGUUCUGCUGAACAAAACACUCCAAUAAUUCAAUCAAACAAUGCUUCAUUUUGUUCAGGUUAUGAAAAAUCUGGUACAAAUCGUUGUUAUUAUAGCCCUAUGAUUCAUCGAAAUAUGAAUAUUCAAUCUUCUAACAAGUCACAACAUAUCGGUUCUCAUAUUCUAUUCUUAUUAUCAUCAUCAUCAUCAUCAAAUUAUAAUAGUUGGUGUGGUGUUCUUUUAAAUAAUAAUAAUAAUAAUAAUAAUAAUCAUUCCAAUGAUGAUAUUUCAUCUUUAUGUCAACAAUGGUGUAAACAAGGUUGGUUAUGGUGUUUCACUACUAUGAUUGGCAAUCAUUAUCAAAACAAUCAACACAAAUUAUUAUUCAGUGAUCAUGAUAAACAACAUGUCCGAUUGCUUAAUUAUUUAAAAAUUCAUUAUCCAUUCAUAUGUGAUGAUGAUGAUGAUGAUGUUGAAACAGCUUGUACACGUUUUAUUGAAUUGAAUGAAUCAAAUGAUGAAUUGAAUAGUAGUUUUACAAAUGAACAACAACCUUCUAAUCAACCAUUAAAUCAGAAUUAUUUUUCAAUGUCACAAAAUACCACUUAUCCUAAUGCUUAUAAUAAUAAUAAUAAUAAUAAUAAUAAUAAUAAUAAUAAUAAUAAUAAUAAUAGUAAUUCUUCGAUUCCAUCCAUUCUAAGCAAUUCAGAUACAAAAUUAACUACCCCAGUCUCUCCUGUCAUGCAAAUCACAACGAUGAACAGUUCACAUGCCAAUUCAUAUUCGGUUACAAUGAACAAGAACGAGAACAAUAACAACAGUGUACAGGGGAAUACAAUAAACCACACCAAUCACUUGAAAACUUCAUUAACAAGUCCAGCAUCAACUUCAUCAGCUCAUACUCCUAUUCGUUCAGCGCACCAACUAGCAGAAAAUCCUAGUCCUCAUCAUCAUAAUCAUCAUCAAUAUGUUAGCUCAAUUGUUUCUUGUUCAUUAACGGAAUUUUGCAAAUCAUUACAAAAUGCUACUGAUUCUUCUAUUGAUCAAAAUGACAAUGAAGUAAUCAUCACAAAAACAUCUAAUCAUCCUCAUCAGGAUUCUUGUCUAACUAAUCUAAUCAGUGUUUGGCAAACAUUAGUCAGUGGUCUAUCAUGUCAACUGGCUGAAACUAAAGCUGAACUUACACGUAGUCGUGAAUUGAAUGAACGCUUAUCGAAACAAUUAGAUGAGACUAGUAAACAAUUAUCGGAUGCAGUUAAUCGAUUUAUUGAAUUUGAAAAUAAUUAUCGAGAAAAGUCUUUUUUAAAUAAUAAUAAUAAUAAUGCAUUAACCAGUACAUCAUCAUUCGAAGCAAGCAUCUGUAUGAUGGAGACACCAAUUCGAGAAUUUCGCAGUGCUGUGAAUGAACUUCGUUAUUGGCUACCAGAAGGUAUGGCAGCUGCGGCGUGUGCUGCUGUUAAAACACUCUUAGCAACAACAACAACAACAUCUGUUCAAGCUCCCGUACCAUUAUUUGGUGGUCAACUUCACUUAUCAUCAUCAUCGUCUGGUCAUGCAGAUCUAUUGAUGAUGCAAUCAAAUAAUUCUGCUGUUCAAGAAAGACCAAAUCUUAACACUGUUAUUCUAUCACCUAAAUCAAAAGAUAAAUAUGUAGAUCAAUCUCCUGAAGCAUAUGAACCAAAUGUUCAUUUUACACCGGUCUUAGAAACACUUCCAGAUCUUGUUGAAUUGAAAAAUGAAGAAGAAAAUGAACAACGUCUAUUUUGUGAACGUGCUCGUCUAUAUCAUUGGGAUAAGUUAAGUGAAAGUUGGAAAACUCGCGGUGUUGGUGAUGCUAAAAUUUUGAAGAAUUUAAAAACUGGCAAAUGUCGUUUAAUUAUGAGACGUGAUGAGGUGAAAAAAUUAUGCCUUAAUCAUUUUAUUAAUUCUUCAAUCAAAUUAACUCCUUCAACAAAAGAUCGAAAAUUAGCUAUGUGGGCAGUGAAAGAUUAUUCUGAAUCAAUGGAAGGUAUUAAUGAAUUAUUUAUGAUACAAUUUAAAUCACCUGAAAUACUUGAUAAUUUUAGUCGAAUCUUCACAGAGUACACAACAACAGAAUCGAAUGCAACCAUAAUAAAGACAAUGUCCGAUAAUGUCAAUAAUAAUAAUAAUAAUAAUAAUAAUAAUAAUAAUAAUAAUAAUAAUAAAUUGUCAUUUAUGAAUAAUGAUACUACGGUUAGUAUUACUACUACUAAUACUACUACUAAUAGUACUACUACUAAUACUACUACUACUAGUAGUAGUAGUAGUAGCAUUCAAUUAACGGUGAAUAAUAAUUCAAAACCAUCAAAAUUAGAUGAAUCUAAAAAUACAACUCAACCAAUCAAAUCUACAUCAAAUACGUCAUCAUCAUUGUCAAAGUUUGCGCCUAAACAAGGUUCAUGGGAAUGUUCCACUUGUUUAUUGUAUAAUGAUUCAUCGAAGAUUGUAUGUGUUGCAUGUAACAGUAGUAAACCGGGUUCUACUACGGUGGAACAUAAAAAUGUUACUCAAAAGUCUACUGUUUCAACAACAUCAUCAUCAUCAUUGCUAUUUGGUGGUAGUAUUUUACAAAAUACUGGUAGUGGUGUUGGUGGUGGUGGUUUUGUAUUUGGAAAUGCAAAAAUUACAGAAUCCGCAAUGAGUACUACUACUACUUCUACUGCUACUGCUACUACCAAUACAAAUGCUGUGAAUACAACAACAGUUUCUUCUUCUAUUAAAGCUACAAUUACAUCGACAAUAACAACAACAACAUCAACUGCUUAUAAACCUAUAUUUAGUUUUGUAGCUACUACUACUACUACUACUACUACUAGUUCACCAAAUAAACAAUUUACAAAUGUAUUAUUUCCUUCUCUAUCAACGUUGACAUCGACAACAACAGCAUCAUGUCAGUUACCAGUAGUGACGAAUUCAUUCAUUUUCACGUCUUCUUCUUCUCCUUCUUCUACAACUACUACUACUACUACUUCUUCUAUAUUUAAACCAUCUAUUCUUAAUACAUUUUCUACGCCACCACCCAUAACAACAUCCAACACAUUGUCAACGAAUAAUAAUAAUAAUAAUAACAAUAAUAAUAGUAGUACUGUUGGAUUUACAUUUUCAUUUGGUGAUACACUAUCAAAAUUCAAUGAAUUGAAUAGAUCAUCCACAACAACAACAACAACAACUACUGGUGUUGUUGUCACACCAUCUCAUCGUGAUGAGAAUAAUGAUGAGAAUGACGAUGAUGAUGAUAAAGUAGAAUUAUUGGAUGAUUCUAAAUUAACAUUUAAACCAGUCUUAGAAGUGAUGCCACAAAAAAUUGAAAUUUUCACUGGUGAAGAAAAUGAUGAAGUGAUAUUUUGUCGUCGUGCUAAACUUUAUCGUUGGGAUCAUAAUACAUGGCAUGAACGUGGUAUUGGUGAUUUAAAAUUGCUACGUUCUACAAUGACUGGUGUAAUUCGAUGCUUGAUGCGUCGUGAUCAUGUAUUAAAAGUUUGUUGUAAUCAUGUGAUUGGUGUUGGUAUGCAUUUGAAACCAAUGAAUACCGGUGGUGGUCGAGCUUGGAGUUGGUGGGCUAUUGAUUAUUCUGAACAAUUAGAUGAAACUAAUAGUAGUCAAACAACUGAGACUGAGUCGUCAGAUUUAGUUGCUGGUGGUAGACGUGAAACAUUUGCAGCUCGUUUUAAACUUACUGAACAUAGUGAGGAGUUUCGUGCAGUUUUUGAAGAAGCUGUUCAAGCAGCUGAAAAUCGUGUCAACAAUACUUCACAAUCUAAUGAAAUAAUAAAGGAGGUGGAUCUAGAUCGAACUAGUGAGGAUACGGACUCUGAUGUAGUUGUUGUUGAUAUUCCUUUACAGGUAUCAGACGAUCAAUUAUCCAGGGCACGUAAAUUGAAAUUACCUGAUGAAUUUUAUAGUUAUGAAAAUGGUCAUGUGACUGGUGAAUCAGAGCAUCUUACAUCACGUGAGGAGGCAGAAGAAGAUGCACUAUUAGAAGCUGCUGUGAAAGGUAACAAAGGUACUGGUACAACGCUGGCGACGACAACAACACCAACAACUCCCACCACUAAAGACUAUUCGAAUAAUGAUUCUACGUCGAAACUCACACCGACUUCCAAACCACAAAAUGUAACUACUGAGGCUCAGUGCACAAAAGAAGAUACAGCUACUUCAUCAUCAUCCAUGUACAUCCCACAAGGUAAAGGUCUACUUAGUUUUUCAACAUUGAUUAAUGCUGCUGCCUCUAAAGACAGUCCUCCAACAUGGGGUUCACCAUCUAAUAAUAAUAAUAAUCCUCCAACAUGGAGUAAUAUGGGUGCACAGUUGUUUGCUAAACCUGCCAAAGUAACCACUGAACAAGAUGAUGAAGAUUCAACUAGUACAGAACAUGAUCCACAUUAUGAACCGAUUGUUUCAUUGCCAAAACUUGUUGAGACUAAGACUGGUGAAGAAGAGGAGCUUUGCAUUUUCCUUCGACGUUGUCGUGCCUAUCGUUAUGUGGAUAAUGCUUGGAAAGAACGUGGUGUCGGUGAAAUAAAAGUUCUUGUACGACCUCGUACUAUGCCUGCAGAUGCUGCACAUUUUGGACCACGUCAAAUUGUUCCACUAGAAUAUCAAUUAACCAAUAUUGGUCGAGCACGUAUUCUAAUGCGUCGUGAUCAAGUUUUGAAAUUGUGCUUAAAUCAUCCUAUUAGUCAUGAAUUUCCAGUGUUGAAACCAAUGGGUAACACGCCAAACGGUAAUAGUCUAUGUUGGGUUGGUGAAGACUAUAGUGAAGGUUCAGCUAGUAAAGAAACAUUAGCUGUUCGAUUUAAAUCUGAUCACGAUGCUGAAGAGUUUAAAGCUGCAGUUGCACGAGCACAAUCAGCUCUCAAUAACUCAUGAUUUUAAUCAGCAUUACGUUCUGCUGCUGCUGCUUCUUCUUCUUGGAUGAAUUCUUUUACGUGAAUUAGUUUUUCAUUCAGUAAUUCAUCAUUCAGUUAGUUGUUGUUAUUCAUGGAACUAAUCAUCUUAAGCUUGCCUAUGCAAUCAUUUGUUUGUGUGUUUGUGCGUAUGUGUGUAUAUCUUAUAUGUGAGUGAUGCUAUUGUCUCUUUCUCAUUCGUUCGUUCACUCUUUCUCAAGGUCACACAAAAAUACAAUGUUUUAUUUGAUUGAAUACUAUUUACAAGAUAACAUAACAUAACAUAACAUAACUGGUCAUAUGUAAUCAUAAAAAUAAUAAUAAUAAUA